UGAUCUUCAAUUGCGUUGUAAACGUCACACAAUUUGUUGGAAGGUGUAAACAAAGCGGCCAUUCGGGCAAAAUAUUAAUGGGAUUUUUAUUUCUCUGAUUUGCUACAGCCGGUCUUCUCGCUAACUAAACGAUAUCGCCCAUCGAAUAGGCUAGUAAUAACGCGCGACAGCUGCUACUGUGGCGGACAAACCUAGUAUAGUGUAGAAAUUGGAAGAAUCAAGCAGGCAGGCAUGAACGAAAGGACGGUGCGGCGUUGUUUGCGGAUAUGUUUCGCAUUUUUAUGUGUUAAUAGCGUAUUUGCUUUUCCGGAGCAAGGAAAAUGGGAUUUUGUGUUAACGAAGCGGAACACGUAUAUUCCAAUACCGAAAUCACUGUACGAUGGAUUCAGCAUUUAUGUACAGGUCACUUGCGAGGCAGCACAGACCCGAACGAGUGCCAGCCCGGAAGUACGUGUGAACAUUUCCUGGAGCCUGCGGGAGCUAAAAUGUUGGCAAGAAUAUGUGAGCUAUUCCUAUUUGCUUCAGGAUGAACGUUUUCCUACGCGAAACAACAUCACGCAGAUCGACUCGGCAGUGUAUCCGAACGUGUGCAGCAAUGAUCGGCACAUUGUAAUUCCGGAAACAAAGUUCGCUGCAGUCAACAGUCCCCUUCCGGCACCGUCUCGAAGAAGUAUCGGAUCGCCGAACAACGAACAGCAACCGGUGUUUACAGUGACCAAGGAUGGACUUUACAUCUUCAUUUUGCGUAUAGAGCCGGGAGAGAAGGAUGGCGGUGCACGUUCGAAUGGAGAGCAGGAAAUGUUCGAUGACUACACGGCGAGUGUACAUGUGGAAAUACGACGCCCGAGUGGCUAUUUGUCAGCCGUUGAUUGGCCGCUUUUACCGUUUUACGGAGCUAUGUGCUUGGUGUAUGUACUGCUGGGCAUCGUAUGGUUGACGGUGUCCUUUUUACAAUGGAGAGAUUUGCUUCGUAUCCAGUUCUGGAUAGGAGGCGUAAUUCUACUGGGAAUGUUGGAAAAGGCCAUGUUCUAUGGGGAAUACCAAAGCAUCAACUCAACCGGAGUGUCCGUGAAAGGGAUGGUGCUGCUCGCGGAAUGGGUGUCCUGUGGAAAGCGAACGUUGGCCAGAAUGCUUGUGAUCAUAGUGUCGCUCGGUUUUGGCAUCGUAAAACCACGACUGGGGCCAAUGUUGCAUCGGGUGGUUGGGACAGGGGUGCUGUAUCUGGUACUAGCGUGCGUUGAGAGCUUUUUGCGCAUCAUGCACACGAAGAACGAUCCCAGCAACCAGAUACUGGUUGCUAGUAUACCGCUUGCCGUACUAGACUCCGCCAUUUGUUGGUGGAUUUUCACGUCCCUUGUGCAAACGACGCGCACUUUGCGUCUGCGACGGAAUAUGGUGAAGCUAUCGUUGUACCGACAUUUUACCAACACGCUCAUAUUUGCUGUGCUCGCCUCCGUGGUGUUUAUGCUGUACUCCAUUAAGGUGCACCGGUUCGCCGACUGCUUGACGGACUGGAAGGAGCUGUGGGUAGACGAUGCAUUUUGGCACGUGCUGUUCUCGACCUUGCUACUCGUAAUCAUGAUUCUUUGGCGACCGACGAACAACAACCAACGUUACGCGUUUACCCCACUGCUAGAUAACCCUGAGGACGAGGAUGAUGAAGAGGAAGAACAAUUCGUCUCCGACGCGUACGGUGUAAAGAUGCGUGGCACAAGGAGCAACUCGCCGAAACCGAACGCCAAGAGUCCGACUACGGACGAGGAAAAUUUGAAAUGGGUAGAGGAUAACAUACCGGCUGCUAUCGCGGACGCGGCGCUUCCAGUGUUGGAUUCGGACGAGGAAAUUAUCAACACGAAAUUUGAGGUCUCCAAAAUGCAGUGAACUACUACACGGUCGAUGGGGAGGAGCGUCAUCGACAUCCUAUGUUAUAUAGUAUAGAGUGUAGUGAAGUAAGCUUGCCAGGUAAUAAUGAAAACUGUUUCAGUACUUCUUUAUAUUGAGUUUCGUUCUAAUCGCUUACGCAUUAGGGGCAUUCGCAAGGACAUCUGCAAGACAGUAUGGAAUGGAAGGGGAAUGGGUUUGAGUUCUAGUAGUACCUCCUCGCCGGAGGUACUUUGCAUAUGCGAUGCGACUGUAAGGUGAUACUACUUCGAACGGCACUAGUCAAACGAUAUAUUUAACGACCCACACACAUUGGACACAUUGGACGAAACGACGUACGAACGAACGAAGAAUGGGGAAAGAAAGUAUCGUACUAUUCGAAGAUUAAUAGUAUAGGGACGACGAUAGAAUUCGAAAAGACGGUUAGAUUAAGUUCUUACGUGAUUGGGGCUUCGUUCGGUUUUUUUGUUUGGCGUAAGUUGUACGUGGUGAUUAAUUUCGUUGCGUUAAUAAUGCAACAAUUAAAGUCUGAUUUGGUUCAAUAGAGUAGCUAACUGUAAUAUCCUCUCGAUUAUUAUUAGCUCGUGAGAUACAAUCAGCAAUUUUGUUUGUUUCUAAAACAGAGCUACUAAUUGAUAUGCUGCAGGGUGUUUUCAUCGUAAUUUAAUAUAUCUUGCUACAUAGAACAGAAAGUAUGUUGAUUCGAUUUUUUUUUCGUUUUCACUGGGCUUUGACAAAAAACGAUGGUGUAAUAGUAUUGUUUCUCUAUAAUUUCUAUAAAUAUAGACACUCUUACGAGCCACAGUCUCCAAAUUGUCUUUGUGCGAUUGUAGAGAGAUAAUGACGCAUGAAGUGUAAGGUAGCCUAAUAAAGAAUACGUCUAAUCAUUCAGUCCUAAA